AUGGCGGCGGCGCCGCCGGAGCUGAUGGACGAGCUCGUCGCCGAGAUCCUUCUCCGCCUCCCGCCGGACGAUCCCUCGCUCGCCGUGCGCGCCUCCGUCGUCUGCAAGCAAUGGUACCACCUCCUCACCGACCGUGGCUUCCUCCGCCGCUACCGCGCGUUCCACCGACGGCCUCCGAUGCUGGGCUUCAUCCGCCACCACCUCCCCGACCACGACGGCAGCCAUCCCUGCAUAGCACGGUUCCGUCGGUUCGUCCCCACCACCGCGUUCCGCCCUGCCGAUCCCCACCACUGCAACUGGUGGCCCGUCGACUGCCGCCACGGCCGCGCCCUCUUCUUCUCCAACGCCGUCGAGCUCACCGUCUGGGACCCCAUGACGGGCGACACAUGGCGGCUGCACGAGCCCUGCAUAACGUACACGUACUCCACCGCCGCGGUGCUGUGCGCCGUCGCCGGCUGCGACCACGGCGACUGCCACGGAGGCCCCUUCGUCGUGGUGUUCGUAGGCACCGACGACAGGAAGGAGAUCGCGUGGGCAUGCGCGUUCUCGUCGGAGACCGGAGAGUGGACGACGAGCGCACCCUGCACAGUUCACUUCGAGGAGUACAUCGACAGCAAGCCCAGCGUCCUCGUCGGAGACGCCGUCUACUUCCUCGGCGGCUCCGGCAACAGCAUCCUGCGCUACGACGUGGGCGCACCGGGCCUGUCGGUGAUCCCCCCGCCGCCGGCGCACGAAAACGGCAACGUCCUCCUCACGACGGCGGAGGAUGGCGCGCUGGGGCUGGUCGGCUCCGGCGUCGGCUCCACCCUCCACCUGUGGUCCAGGGACGACGACGACGACGAGGGCGUCGCGGCGGCAGGCGGCGGAUGGGUGAAGCGCGGAGUUAUCGAGCUGCAGGACACCGUGCUCCCCUUGCUUGUCCCGCUCCCGCCGCAGCUGAUUGGCUUCGCCGAGGACACUGACGUCGUCUUCCUCCACACCGAUGAUGGCGACUACGGAAUCGAGCUCAACUCACUGCGGGUCACCAAGCUCUGCGGAAGUGGGAAUCUUUCCAAUUUCUUUCCCUACCUCAGCUUCUACUGUCCAGCUACUGUACCACUCUUACGAGUAAUUUAA